UUGUUUCCUUAAACCUUAGGGUUUUGCGAUUUCGCCAUUGAUUUGAGCAGCCAUGGUAGCAAAACAGUUAGAUGACGAACCACAAACCCUCAACUAUGAAUCCAAAUCCCACAAGAAACAGAAGAGAAAGCUUGAAGACGCUGAGGUUGAAGAAGUUGUUGUAGAAUCCAAAAAAGAGAAAAAAAAGAAGAAGAAACAGAAGCAGAAGCAAGAAGAAGAUGGGUCCAAUGGGAACACUGAAACUCUUGAUGGGUCGAAUGGAAAUACUGAAAUAUUUGAUGGGUCAGCUGAGUUAUCGGAAAAGAAGAAGUCGAAGAAGGAGAAGAAGAGUAAGGUAAAGGAAGGGAAUUUGGAUGAUGGGUCGGAUGUUACUGUUGUUAAUGGGGAGGUUAAUGAAAGUAGUACAAAUGUGGUGGUUACGGGUAAGGGUGCUAAUGAGUUAAAGUACAAAGCUUUAGAGAAGUUUGUGGAUGCAGGGCUUCCAAGUGAGGUGUUGGAAUGUUGUAAGAAUUUUGAGAAACCAUCACCAAUUCAAUCACAUUCAUGGCCUUUUCUUUUAGAUGGGCGUGAUUUCAUUGGGAUAGCUAGAACUGGAUCAGGUAAGACAUUGGCUUUUGGUAUUCCGGCUAUUAUGCACAUCACGAGUAAGCGGAAGAGUAAGAAGUCUAAGAAUCCUGUUUGCCUUGUGCUUUCACCUACAAGGGAGUUAGCUCAACAAAUAUCAGAUGUUCUCUGUGAGGCUGGGAAGCCUACUGGUGUGCAGUCAGUUUGUCUAUAUGGCGGAGUUGAUAAGCACCAUCAAAAGGCUUCUCUUAGAUCUGGCGUGGAUAUUGUUAUUGGAACCCCUGGUCGUUUGCAAGAUCUGAUGGAAAUGGGAGCUUGCAAUUUAAAAGAGGUUUCUUUUGUGGUGCUAGAUGAAGCUGAUCGCAUGCUUGAUUUAGGUUUUGAACCAGCGGUCCGUGCCAUAUUAAGCCAAACAUGCUCUGUUCGGCAGAUGGUUAUGUUCAGUGCUACAUGGCCUCCGGAAGUUCAUCAAUUAGCUCAAGAGUUCAUGGAUCCCAAUCCAAUCAAGGUAGUUGUAGGUUCAGAAGAUUUGGCUGCCAACCACGAUGUCAUGCAAAUUGUUGAGGUCUUGGAAGAUCGAGCACGGGAUGAGCGUUUACAAUGUUUGCUGGAAAAAUACCACAAGUCUAGAAGGAAUAGAGUAUUGGUUUUUGUUUUAUACAAGAAGGAAGCAUCUCGUGUAGAAAUGAUGCUACAGAAAAGGGGUUGGAAAGUUGUCUCUAUUAGUGGUGACAAGCAACAACAUGCUCGUACUAAGGCCCUGUCACUCUUCAAGGAUGGAAGCUGUCCUCUACUGAUAGCUACUGAUGUAGCUGCUCGAGGGCUUGAUAUACCUGAUGUUGAAGUUGUGAUAAAUUAUAGUUUCCCUUUGACAACAGAGGAUUAUGUUCAUAGAAUUGGAAGAACUGGAAGGGCUGGUAAAAAAGGUGUAGCUCAUACAUUCUUCACUAAGGAUAACAAGGGACUUUCUGGGGAGUUGAUAAAUGUCCUCAGAGAAGCUGGACAGACUGUUCCAGCUGCCCUUCUUAACUUUGGAACCCAUGUAAAGAAAAAGGAGUCCAAGCUCUAUGGUGCUCAUUUUAGAGAAAUUGAUGCAAAUGCUCCAAAGGCCACCAAAAUAAAAUUUGGCGAUUCUGAUAAUGAAGAUUGAGAAAACGAAUAUCAAUGGUGCCAGUUUGUCAUUGAGUUGUAGCAGCAGUGUAGCACAACUCCUUUGAAUUGGUUCCAAGCUUCACCAUCCUGACACUAAAGAAUCAUUUGGCGGAUACACGCAGUAGUGGAUCGUUGUGAGAAGAGUGCAAGAGAUGAUGUCCCACAGCUAUCUGCUCAUGUACGCCAACAGAUGUCUAAAUUUAUUGCACUGUAGUGUUUCGAAUCUUACUAUUCUUUUAUGUAAUUCGUUUCAUUACCAGAAUACAAAUGUUAACUCUUAAAGAGUAA